ACUAACCCAGCGGUCUAACCUGUGCUGUGCACUGAAGGUCUGUGGUGAGUGAGCUCAUGUGGUUUUCAGACAGCAAAUGCACGGGCACGCUCUAUUUCACAGCUGCAGAGGAGAAGACUGACAUCAGGUUCAGCCUGACUGUCACAGCUGUGGAAUAUCAGUGACAUAAGUAGCACACCUGAAAUAAAGUCUUAAUCUUCUUUUGAAGCUUUUCUUCAGCUUUGCUCAUCAAAAUAAUAAAUAAAAGUUUGUUCUCUGUAUGUUCUGAGGCUAAAUGACAGAAAAUGAAUAAUGAAUAACCCAUGAAGUUUAUUGUUUUCGUAAGCUUUUGGUGAACCUAUGAUAGGUGCUAAUACCUUCCAGUCCAGUGUGUCCUCUGAAAUACUUCUUAAAACCUUAAGUUGAGUCAGUAACACCUGGACAGCUGUGACUAAUGAAACCUUUAAACGUGCAAAUGACUGACAGUCACAUCACAGUAAUUCUGUUGAUGAAUGAAAUCUGGUGCAGCAGAAAUGUUGUAUCCAUUAUUAUAUUCAAAGAAUCUUAUUUAAGAGUCUGAAAACAUGGUGGUAGAUGCUUCCAUAGUGGAACAAGGUUUCAAAACUCUAUUUGGACUACACUGAUUCUACACAUGCAGUUUAUACGAGUAUGUCCUGUUGAUCACUGAGAUUAAAGUUGGUAAAGGUUAUGAUUCAUAAUAAGUACCUGGAUGCAGAGUCACAUGACUUGGUUUUCUGUUUCACUUUGUUGAGUAGAAAUCUUUGCUUUUCUUUAGUUAACUGCUGGAAAACCAGACUCAGUCAAAGAAUCAGGAUAGUGUCCAACCCCGAGAUCUGUGUGACACCAACAGAAACAAUCAUACAUAUGUGAGUCCACCUUUAGUGUCACACCAACACUGCACACUGCGUUUUCUUGUGGUUUAGAUGCAAUGUAUAAAAAGAGCUCACACCAGAGACCUACAUAUAUGACCACAGAGUUCCUGCUGUCGGCCUGAUCAUUUCCGUCCAUCCUGACAUGAGGGCGAACAUCAUCUGCAGUCUUUUUGUCUUCAUUCUUGGCUCUAAUAUCACUAAAGGUUUCAUCCAUGAAACCGUUCAGGAGAAUCAGCAGGUCAUUCUGAGCUGCCGUCGCUCUGUAAGGGGCAAAGUGACGUGGAGCAGAGAGAGUGCUGGAAGGCGGGUCGAUGUACUUACAGCUUAUGGUUCCUGGAACACAAAACACGAUGAUCGAUUUAGACAUUACAGUGUGUUUGCAGACAAGUCACUGUACAUUCAGAGAGCUGCUGUCUCAGACUCGGGGAGAUACUUCUGUAAUAAUGAAGCAGCUGUGGAGCUGACCGUGAUCCCAUCAGCUGGAAGGAAAAAGGCACCUCCACCACCUCCACCUCCACCACCUCCACCACCCCCACCUCCACCUCCACCAUCCACACCUCCACCAUCCACCCCACCCCCACCUCCACCAUCCACACCUCCACCACCCCCAACUCCAACACCCCCAACUCCACCCCCACCUCCACGUCCACCACCCCCAUCUCCACCUCCACCUCCAGCUCCACCACUCCUACCAACCGAAUGGACAGCAACACUGGUAACACUGGUAACAACAACAGCAGAAUUGCCACCACCAGCAGAGGAAAACGCAGCUGCUGAUCACCUGUGGCACAUGACUGUCCGUACACUGAUUGGACUGCUCUGCUUAACCAUCAUGAUCAGCAUCACUGCUGUUACCUGGAGGAAAGCUCGACGGAUAGAGAAACAGAAGAGAGACACAGGAGCAGAAACCGGCCUCUGAUCCUCCAUCACGCAGAAACAAGAGCGGUACAGACUGAACUGGGAUCAGUUCAUCGUCAUCCAGUCACACAGCUAACAGCCAUCCUGAACCUCAGAGUGACAACAGAUUGUUCAGCAUGUGAUCCAAACCUUCAGUGACCUUUGUCUCUCUCUCUUAUGUGUUGCAGACUAAACUGAGGUUAAACUGGACAAAAAAAGGAAAUUCAGUUAAUUAAAACUUAAAAGUAACAUAUUAAAGUACAUGUAAAGUAUUUGCUGCCCUCUCAAUGUCCUGCAGCUCAACAAUUUGAGUCCAUUUUUGAUUUGAUUUGUUUGAGUAGAUGUUGUUUGAGUAAAAAAGUAAACUUACUUUACUUUAGUUCAUUCUGCUGACAGGGGGCACGAAACUAGACAAACAAAUUCAAUAAUCAAAUAAAUUGCUGGAUAGUGUAGUGGUAAGACUACACACCUCGGGAGUUGGGGUCGCAAGUUCUUUCCCAGUAAGGGUCCUGGCUAGACCCCACCAUGCUAAAAAUCAGCCCUGGAGUAGUGCGGCUAUGUCUGCAGCCUGUCCGCAGUUCAGGACACAAGUAUUUCACUGUAUGUUGUACUGUGUAUGUGACAAACAAAAUUUGUAUUUGUAAACUAAUGGUUUCAUAUUUGUAUUGACCACAGCAGCCACAGAAACAAUAAGAAAACAAGGCUACAGCCCACCUGCUGUCACAACAGGACACAGUGUCCACUCUGACCUAUGGUAUGCAA